AUGAGCUCUGCAAUUGACCCUUCUUCACUGCUGCUCUCUGCAGCUGUCCCAGCAUUCAAAUGCCCUGCUGGGACAAAGAUGCACAUAUUGAAUCUAGGCACUCUCCAAGCCGAUGAAUCAUGGAUUCUCCGAGGAGCCAAUGCAAGUUCUCUCAGCAAUCAGAAUCCCCAGAACAGACGACGAGAUCUAGCUCUCCUUUCCGCUCUCAUUGAGUAUCCAGGCAUUGGCCUCAUUCUGUACGAGACGGGAUGUGCAGAGGAUUUGGAUGUGAAAUGGGGGGCUCCUUUGACAGAUGUCUUCCCCCGAGUCGAAUAUUCCGACAAUCACAGGCUCCCAAACGCCAUCAAGGCCACCGGCAACGAUAUAAAGGAUGUCAAAGCUGUGUUAAUCGGCCAUCUCCAUCUUGAUCAUGCAGGAGGUCUUGAACAUUUUGUAGACACAAAUGUCCCGAUCUACGUCCACGAAGAAGAAUUCAAGCAUGCGUGUUGGGCCGUCGCAACCGGUGCAGACCUAGGCGUCUACCUAGGGCAUUACAUGCUUCUUGAGCAAUUGAAGUGGAGCACAUUCACCGAGUCACGGUUGGAGCUUUACCAAGGCAUUACUCUCCAUCACUCUCCAGGACAUACGCCAGGAUUGUGUAUUAUGCAGAUCAACCUCGCACAGGAUGGUCCAUUCAUCUGGACUACGGAUCAGUUCCAUGUUGCAGAAAACUAUGAGCUUGGUCACCCCCAUGGAGGGCUGGCUAGAGACCAUAAUGCGUGGUAUCGCAGUCUUCACAUGAUCCGCCGACUUCAGAGACUGUUCCAUGCCAGGCUGAUCUUUGGCCAUGAUAUGGACGUUGCGACCAAGCUCAUUAAUGAGAAGCCUUACUAUGAGUAG